UCUGGAUUUUUAUUUUAUGGAACCUUAUAAACUUUGCUCAAGCUGUGGAUCUUUACCAGAAGCCAUCAUUUAUCUCAGCUAAACUGGGUGAAACUGUUACAUUUCAUUGCACAUUUGCAAAGAAGCACAGUGCAGAAUCCAUGGUCUGGUACAAACAGACUGGGGUGCAGAUUCUCAACAUUGCCGUACAGAGUCCACUCAUGGAAGCCAUCAUUUCAUCUGAGUACAAUAAGUCACACUUGAAGCUAGAGAGGACUAAGACCAACAUUUCCUUCUCUAUUCUACAUGCUGCUAAAGACGACGGAGGACUUUACUUCUGUGGUGUAGUUCUGAUGAAAACCACUGAGUUUUCCACUGGAACCUUUUUAGCUGUGACAGGCAAUCCAGAAUUAACCAUAUCGGUGGUCCAAAGUCCAGUGUUGGGGAGGGUUUCCCCAGGAGAGUCAGUGUCUCUGCAGUGCACCGUCCUCUCUGAGAGGAGAACAGCAGAACUACAAGUGCUCUGGUUCAGAGCUGCUGCAGGAGACUCCCAUCCUGAAAUCAUUUACACUCAUCACAACAGCAGCCAUCAGUGUGAGAUCAGCUCUUCUCCACACAGCUGUGUGUAUGACCUCUCCAAGAGUGUCCUCAGCCUCUCUGAUACUGGCACUUACUACUGCGCUGUGACCACCUGUGGCAAGAUCCUUCUUGGAAAUGGAACGACAGUAUAUAUGUCUAGUCCUCUGGAUCCUGUAGUGAUCUUCCUGGGAACAGCUCUGGGAUUGUGUGUGCUUGUCAUUUCUGCUCAAGCAGUUUUAAUCUGUAAAAGGAUAAACUAUAAACACUGUAGUGUGAGACAUGGUGUUAUGAAAAUGAAGACCACCAGUCAGGACCAUGAUGCUGUGGAGUUGAAUUAUUCUGCCUUACAUUUCAUUGAUGGGAAAACCAGACGAAGGCGGGAGAAGAGAGGACAGACUGAACGCAGCGUGUACUCUGAAGUGUUGUACUCUGCUGCUACAGAUUAAUUUUCUGACAUCUAAGUCAGUUAUUGGUAUUAAUUUGGUAAUUAAUUAAGCAUAGUUAAGGAAAAUUUUUAUUUUCAGUAAUUUUUAUUACUGUCAAUAAAAAAAUUCAGCAUUGCAGUCUCACUGUCAUUUGGAAACCUUUCUAAGGGAGAAUCUUAAAAAUGACAAAUGCAGUUUUCAUUUUAGAAGAUUCUAAAAAUGGAACUGGUGUCUUUCCAGACUUUCUAUCACCCAGAGUUGUUUUGGGUGUUUUGAAACGUUUGAGAAAUAACUGAACAAUGUACAAAUGCAAACAUAUUAAUGACAAAAAAAUAUAUAAUUUGAUCACAUAUGACCUUCAAAGUUCUCAUAAGCCAUAAGUCUUAUGAGAAGAGGAGCUGAA